ACCGGCUCCGAGAGACCGGUGUCCGGUAUCCAUUGCAAUCUCCUCGAUAAUCGUCCGUCAUUGAGCAUCCCCGAGUCCAUCUCGGCGUGAUUCGCUUCGUUAUUGAAGACGAGCUUUUGUUAUCGCGCCGAGUUUCACGACCACUUUGGCGGAAAGAGGAAGAAGGAGUCUUCUUGGCAGCGAACGAGCGCGUAAUUGAAUCGCUCGCCAAGAGAUCUCGGGAGUAUCCUUCUCGAGAGACACAGAGGAAGAGAGCGAGAGGGGCUACAAUCUGCUCGAUCUCGCCUCCGUGAGUGCGCGAUUUGACAGGUAGAAGUCGCGUGUUCAUCCGUCGCCGGCCGCGGUGGUCUAUCGCUCGAACGCUCGUCGUUCUUCAAGGUACAAGCUUCAGGGAGCUUCUCGCGCCUCUCGAAGAUCGUCUGCGCUAACUUCUUUUACCAGCACGCACGCUCCAUUAGACGCCCGACGCGCCGAUUCUCCCCCUCGCGUGAUGGACGGCGCGCAGAUUUCGCGGAUUCGCGAGUGCACCGUAUCUGAAGCCCGCUGAAGAUUGCAAGAGGAGAAGAUCACGUCUAUACUCGCUUCGCUCGAUUGAAUCCUCGCGGACGAAUCGAUAUCGAGGAUAUAAGAAGCCGUCUCCUAAUUUCUCUCUUAAACGCGAACUACUCGAAGCUAAAGUGAAUCCAACGUCCAUUUCGUUAUCUUCCGUUGUCUGUUAUCUUCGACUUUCUAUUGUUAAGGAUUUCCGAAAUUACCCACACGAAGUUAGCUUGACUUGACUUGACUCCAGUGGAACCAACGUCCAUCGUGUUAUCUUCGACUUUCUGUCGUCGAAGACUUCCGAAAUCGUCCACACGAAGUUAAGAUCUGAUUUGAGUUAGCUUAAUUUGACUCGACUUCACCUGAGUGGACCCAACGUUCCAUUAUCUUCGACUUUCUGUCGUCGAGGACGAAAUCGUUAACUACAAAGUCAAGUCUUGAUCUAACUUAAGUGGCUAACAACGUCCAUUCCGUUACCUUAGACUUUCUUUCGUCGAGAACUUCCGAAACCGUCCAUUCCAAGUGAAAACUUGACUCAACUCAGCUCAACUUCACCUGACUGAGGCUUGACUUAACAACGUGCAAAUACUCCAAAGAACUUUCGCGCUCAGAAUCCGCCAAGUGUCUACAGCUUCGUGGUCGCGUCGUUCACAACGAAAUCUCCCGCGCUGCUCGUGUCAAGGGUCAGCGCGGUGCAGCGGCUGCGAGCGACGCGUGUGAACUUUCGUCGAUCGUCGGCCCCGGGGAUCGACUUCCGACGUGAUUCAUCGAGGCCGCCGCUUGAGCGGGUCAGGGACGAGAAAGAAGGUGGAUAACUCGCGUCGGCCUUAGGUCGAUGCACGUAUGCGCGCGGCAGCCUGGAUUUCCGCACCAUUUACCACGACGACGGGGCUUCUCGGGCUCGCUCGAAUGCUGCUGCUGCUACUGCAGCGUGUGCUAUCUUCUUUCGCCGUGACGACGAUAACGAUUCGCAUCGAGCCGCGAUAACGACGCGCCGUUCGCCCGCGCUCAUCGAUCAGUUUAUCGCCGGGUGCCCGCGAAUUCGCCAAGCCAGUCGCGCUCGUCGACUGCCACGUGUGCCUGGAAAGUACGUGACCGAAAUCGAUUGUCGAGACGCGCGAUUUUCUCACUCUUUCCUAAUUGAACGUGCGCGCACGUCGCGCGUACAACUGAUUGACCGUCUCAACAAAACCCGCGAAUUUGGUCUGUGGAGAUAAGAAGAAGACCAAGAAGAAGGAGACCAGACUCGUGUGUGACGAACGAGCGUCUUCUCUUGGAAGACCAGAGUACACCCCCUUCUUGGAGAAACGCGUCUCGUGAUCUCGCGACACUCCAACAGUGAUCCAACUUACGCUUGCGUGCCCCCAGGACUUCUACAGGGACAAAGAGUCGGUAGCAAGGGGUGAUAGGACCUUUUUGCCCGACGAAGGAGAAGAGAGACGCGCCGUCGGUGCGGAGGCAGUCGUAGAAUCAUUAAAGCUGGUGCAUUGUAAUAUACGGCGCGUUUCGUCCGAGACGUUCGAGCCGCGCGGGACGCACACGAAGGCACCUUUAUCAUCUAUCGAACGGCGAUAACACGUCGCGCGCUCGCGCGUCGACUGACAGGUUAUUGUCGAUUGCUCGUGCACGCGCGAGCACUUAUUAAGUGCUCUGUCUUUCUCUCUCUUUCUCUCUCGCAGGAGCUUCGUUAAAACGGUAUCCCGCUGAUUAGGCUCGCCGCGGAACGAACGCCGUUUGUCCGUGAGCCCGUGUGUCUUCGUCCGCUCGUUCCUCCGCAUCUGCCGCGGUCUUUGUGCGUCUUGUGGUGCUCUUUUCUCGUCACGCUCUCCCGAGACGCUCUCCCGAGAUCGACCGGCCGAAAGGGACGACGAUAAAGGGCGGGUGAAAUAUAUAUCGGGCGCAGGAAAUACCGGAGCGACACGCAAGACCGACGCGAUACGCGUCCGUUCUUUCUUUCGACGGUGAGUGGCGAGGUGAGCCGUGAGUUCCCGAGCUGUGGAGAUCUCUUCCUCGAAAGGAGGAAACCAAAUAGCCGGCGGAUACGCGAGUCUUCGCGCCGUUAAACGCGGACGGAAGGAACGUCACCUCGUCUCGACGACGAGGAUUUAUUAUCUCACGGAUUCGCGCGGCGUCCCCGCCGAGAGAGCUGUCUCCCCCCCUGCAAUCAGGUAUCACGAAGACAUGGGACUGGUAGAGCGAGAGGCCGAGAUGCAGGAAUUAAACGCUCCCAGACCCGGAAGAUCAAGGGAUCUGUUCGGAGUGCAAUUGGAGGUCACUUCAUUACUGCUGGAAGGCGAGCGCCGCAAAUUGUCAGUCUUGCAAAGGGAAUUGCAAGCAGCCCUCGAGGAAGGUGGGAGUGUAAAAGUGAAAGAGAAGCAACGACAGGAAUUGCUGCACGCUAUAUCGAAAAUUCAAGGGCAACACGAGCAACUCGACAAGGAAUACAGGAUCCACGCCGCCGGUGUUCUCCUAUGCAAUUCAAGAGGCUCCGGAAAGGUAAGAACAACGUUAUUCUUUCCUCGUUCUCUUUUGUCGGUCGCGGGAGACAAACGAUCUUCUCGAUUACCGCGCGACCAAUUAUCUCGUCCCGCGCGAAAUUCCAGCUCACCUGCCGGCAUUCGACGGGUUUUCCCCGUUUCGCUCCUGUAAAUCGGGAUCGAUCGUCCCAGCCGGGAUAACGAUGUCACACUAAUCGACAUUCUCGUCAAAAGUACUCUGCUCACGAGCGCCUUUACGAAUCCCGUUUACGAAUCCCCGCGGAUAAUGCGAGAUAUCUUCGGUCUGAAAAUCGCGCUCUCGUUUAAGGACGAGGAACGCGCGAUCGGGAAUGAACUAAAUGACUUCUCGCAAAUAUGCAUAUAAAUUCGGGGGGCAAAAAGAGGAGAGGGGCAGUAAAAAUGAGUCGACGAUCCACAGACAGAUAUAGACGAUCCAUCAAAUUGAUAAACGCGUAUCGCGUGUCAUAAGCGGUCACGUAAAAACACCCGGGCGCGUUUUCAAUUGCGAAGGUGAUCGAUUGCCAAUUUUACUUUUUUUUUCUUUCUCUUUCUCUCUCUCUCUUUUAUUUAUAUGGUAAUCCCCGGACCCCUCCGUGCUGUGCCCCUUAUCUUUCACAGUCACGUGUGACUGCAAAUAAAUUGCGUGUCCACGUAUUUUCCAUUUGUAACGUUAAUGCGAAAUAAAAAUUAAUCUCUCUCUCUCUCUCUCUCUCUCUCCUGACGACUAUUGGGACUAUUUAUUUUUCUCUUCUUCCUUUUCUUCGUUUUUUGAACGAUAUUUUCUACCACAGCACGUGGUGUGGCAUUUAUCAUAGAUAAAUAAGACUCGCACUCGAUCGGACCGUGCUGUCCGCCGGGAACGACUAGGGAAAUAUCGUCGCGGAUCUCCCCCCGCGCGCACAUUUCUUACGACUUUCGCGGAGUAGGACCACUCAGAAGAUCACCGGGACUUUUGCGCGGUCACAACGAACCACGGCUGGAUUCCCACCUCUCCCUAAUCCUCCCGCACGGAAGUUAUUAGCAUGAAAAAAGGAGCGCGCGGAGCCCUCUUUUUCUGAAAAUCUCAUCGGUCCUGCCUCUUUGUUGCCACGCUCGAUAUCUGUAACAAUCACUUUGCUCCCGGGAGGCUCUCAGGAAGCUUUAGUAAGCUCCGGUAAGCUGUUAUUAGACUCGGUACAUAAUAGACUGCCUGCGCUCUCGCUUCUCCCGUUCCUCGUGCCGCUUUGCAUCGCCUUUCGUACUUUCGAACGACGCGCCCUCGCGCGUGUCGCUUUAUAUUCCUUUCAUUAAAUAAUCUUAGCGCAAGAAAUUCAUAAGGGGCCAAUACAGGCGAGUUUUCGCAGGACGCGGGCUCUCCUCUUACCCUCGUCCGCGCCGAUAAUUAGGUUUCGCGAUGUGCAUUAACGCAGUUUCUUAUUACGUAUCCCCGUCGCCCAUCGUCAUUAAUUAUGUAGCUUCUUUGAGCGCGAGCUUCGCCAUGGGUGCGACACGCUGUUAAUAAACAUUAACGUAACCGUAUCCAGUUACGGCGAAUUUUGCAAAUGCGUCCGCUGUCACGGCAGCAUGCUUUUCCGCGUUGCGAGCUGGGCUCAUAUUCUUGACAUUUUUGCGUAUACGUAAGUUUCACGACACAACUGUUUUACAAUAUGAUUAUAUCUGCGCAAAGGAACUUAGGUAUACACAAAAUUUUCAAGCCCUGUUCUCGAUCGUUACACGCACGCUCCUUGGACAAAAAAAAGGUGUAUAUAUACGCAAUUUUUGGAGUGACUUUUUGUAAACUCUUUCUCUCUCCGUUUCCACACAGAAAAGUAGCGUUCUAUCGCUAAGAGAAACUCGGUUAUUCAGCUUAUUUUUAAGUAAUGGUCACUUUCAGCGAAGAGAAUAUUUUCUUGUCAAUAGUCUUAAAAUAUAUUCAUCACACGAAUUUGAGAAAAGCUCAUUGUAUCAUACAUUAAAGAGAAGGAUUUAUUCUCUUUAUAAAAAAUAUUAUAAAAGUUUGUCGAAGAAAAAGUUUUAAGAAAAAGCUUUGACUCUAUAUAAUUUAGUAAACCGAAUUUUAAUUUAAUAUUCUUCAUUGAAAUGCUCGUAUGAAACUUACUAGGAUUCAGAACGAACCUUGAAUAAAUUUGAUACUUAUGAUGAAUUUAUGAUAGAUUUGCGGAUAUGUAAACUUAUGGGAUCCUUGAAACAAGUAAUAUUUACUUGAAUGCAGUAUGUAUUUUUCUGUAUGUUGUCUAAUGGAAGGAUUCUCCCGGAUAAGACGCAUGAAUUAACAAAUUCACUCCACAAAUUACAAACAAACUUUCUGUCCACGAGUGUAUACGUUUCGAGUCCUCGAAAGAUAAUGAUAAUUUGUGGUACAAUUAAAAUUAUUCCCAGCUUUAAUUAAAUCAAAUGUAUACAUUAUUCUAUAUAAACUAAAGUAAUAUGAAUAUGGACAAUAUUAAUAUAAAAUUGGAUACUGUGUAACCCGUUAAAUUGACAAUAAUCUAUUUAAUUUUUGCUGACCUAUAAUUGAAACUUAUGCAUAAAUGUUUCUAAUUAUCUUUUUUUAUAAUUUAGAAUAAGCUCUAAUUUAAAGUCUAAUAAUAUUGUCUCAAAACUAUGAUGUUAGUUAUUUAUAUUGGUAUCAACAGUUCGUUUUCACGUUCAAUCGACAAAGAAGGCGGCCAAAUAGAUAUGAGCGCUGUGCCUAUUUGUAUUCCCAACAGUCGAUAUAUAUGAUAGUAGACGAUAUGAUAGUAGACGUUAUGAUAGUAGAUAAGCUUUCCAACGAGCCCUAUUUCACAUCAUAACUAUUUUCACAUUUUUAUCGCAUCAAAAACCUUUAAAAACUCGCUUCCUUCCGGGCCCGAUUUCUCAGAUCCAGUGCACCUUACCAAAAUGAGACAUAGUUCGUCGUCUUCAGCUCAUCGAGAUCUUUAAUUUGGUAUACAAUAGUUUUAAAGUUGUAUAACAAUAGUUUUAAAGAAAUAGUUGAUUUUACUGAUUAA